GGGAAACAGCAUCUCAAGACCAAAGAUUUGCCAAGUUGCACCAUCUCAGAGUCUUCUAGAGGAGGAAGAACCAUCCUGUCAACCAGCCUCGCCAUGGAUGAUCACUGCUGCACAAAGUCCACCAGAGUACCAAUAUGGUAUUGUGGGCCACCAGCACACCAGCCAUCUGCCACCACUAAAGCAGCAUGUGCCUCAAAUUGUUCAUUCACUACCAGGCUUGCAGAACCUGUAUGCAAAAACAGGCCACAGCAUCAUAAAGUCUCAUCCACCACAACAAGCAAAGGCAUGGCAACCAACAGCACCUCUUAUGGAGCCUUCCAUGGCUUCUGAUGAACAUGCUUUCAUGGCCAAAGGAUGGAGAGAUGGGGUUGCCCACCAGUAUUCCAACCCCAGUUGGGGAGGGCGCCAUGGCGCAGGCUCCAACCAUCAGAGAAACAUGGGAGGAUUUCUUCCAGCGCAGACAGUCCUUACUCACCAAGUAAACAAGAAGCGUCAAGCCCAGCAGAGGAACUUUAGAGAGAGGCGAGCAAAACAACGAAUAUUUUACACCUCCACUGUUAAAGGAAUCGACGAGGAACCACAAAGAAUCCGACUGGUAUCCAGGCCAACCCAAAGGGACAUCUUCUGGGAUGAGGUAAAGGGACAGAGUCUGGAUCCUAAAGAGCUCCAGCAGCCCAGUCCGCCGGUGACAGUUCCAGGCUUAGGAGAAGAAGCGGCUAGAAGAUCUGAACCAGACACACUUCCACACAUCAAAGACAGAAGGUGUGGAAGUGUGGUGCAGGGUAACUCGUGGACUUUCUCCUGGAACAUGUCUGGAAGUCUAACAAACUUUGACAGAGGUCAGAUCAGUCCUGUGCAAACAGCAGGCUACAUGACACAGCAGAAAAACAUACCCCGGCAAAAGCAAACGCAUGGAGUGUACUGGAGGAUAGAUGGGGACAUAAAUAGCAGCUUGGGACAGCCAGUGAAAGAUGCAGAGAGUGCAUGAGGGAGAUGGUUAAGAUUGCUGAACAGGUGAAUUCUGUUCACCAGGUAUGGAACAGAAGGGGACAAACAGAUAUUUAUAUGGAUUUAGGGAAGGGUGAUACAAAUAUAUGUAACAUACUAUCAUCCUUGAGGAAUUUUCCUUAUCCUGUUAUUUAGGAUCAACUUGCUAGUAUGCUGAGAUACAGUAUUUACAGGGCCAAAAGGUUUGGGAACUAUAUUGUUAAUGCAGCUGGCUGUACAAUAAAAUAAAUCUAAAUAAAGAAAGUAAUUAUCAGAAAAAGUGCUGAACAACUUAGAUCAUUUGUCUGUUAAAGCAGAAAUUUGGUAAAACUUGUAAUCUAGAAAAUUCUACUUCCAGUCUACAUGGAUAAAGUGUUGCAAAAUAGGGCUAGUUCCAGUCAAAUAUUAGAAACCUUAAAUGCAACUACAUACCAUCUGAAGAGCAGACAUAGCAAUGACCAAUUGUUAAACUUCAGUAUUUGCCCCAAUGUGUACAAUUUGGGAGGGAAUCAUUCUGGUGAUAUGAUUUAGGGCACAGCUGGGCACAAACUAACACAGGGCAGAAUGUAACAUAUAUUUUGUACUUGAACAUGCUUUUAGUCAUGUUCUCGUAUUCCACAUCGUCCACACAUUUUGACAACAAUCAGAGAAGAUAUUUCCCAAGAUUUGCCUUGAAGUUUUUCAUCAUAAGUGUUUUAUGAAUAUGGAGUUGUGUUCAAGUCACAGAAUUCACAGUUAUGUCAUGUGAAUCAUCCUCUUGAUGGUUGUUAUAUAGCACUGUUUUAAAACACGUGUAAAUUAGGUUAGUUAAUUAGGGGUUAGUUGUAAUGCGGUGUUACAAUUAAGCCUCCCCAAAUAAACAAUGGGAGAAUUCUGUAUCCUAUGAGCAAAUUUAAAACGGUUCAUUUCUGAAAGGUUUGUUUAUGCACAAAUGAAUUAAAACUGUACCAUAGAUGUAAUGUAAAUAAAAUAUAUUUAAAUUUUAUCAUGUUAUUAUUUGUUUCUCUACUUAUAAGUAAACAAAUUCAACAAAUUCUAACAUUCAACAGCCCCUUUUCACUUAUUACAUUCAUUCUGAUUAAUUUAUUUUUAUAUAUUUAAUUCGGGAAGCUAAUCUGGUUCAGAACUGUGAGGUUAGUUGUGAUGUUUGAACUCAGUCUACAGUCAUUUGCGGCAGAAAUGUGUAGGUGGCUUGCAUACAAAUUAUAUAUGUUAAUCUUGCUCAAAUACAUUUAAUAUUAUUUAGCACAAGCCAACAGGCUGUGCCUUGUUCUUCCCUACUGCUGUAUCACUGACUUAUUAACAGCAAUCAG